AUGGAUGGAAAAGUGACUGCUAUGGAUAUCAACAGAAAUGGUGAAGUAGUGUGGACAGUAGAUGCAGAUAAAAUGCCUUUGUUGUCUAGUUCACUCAGCCAGCAACAUUUAGUAUCGGAUAAUUAUCCAUAUAUGUUGGUUCCGUCACUUGAUGGUUCUUUAUUCAUGUUCAAUGCAAAAACUAAUGCAUUAAGCCCUAUUCCAUUGGGCACUGAUAUGCAUAUUAUGAUUGGAGAUGACGAAAUUGCUGGUGGUACAUUUGUUACAUCUACCGGAGUCGAUCCCCUCAAUGGCAAGAUACGAUAUCGAUGUACAUCAGGAAACUGUGUACAGUAUGAAGUUACUGGAAGUGAUCCAUCAUUUUUCACACUUAUAAUGCGGAAAAAUGGACAAAUUGCUCGCGCUGCAGAUCCUGUUACUGGAGAAGAAAAGUGGAAUGUGUCAGUUGGAGAGUACGACGUUAGCAUAGUUUCUUCUGACCAUUCUUUUCGCUUCGAAAAAGUAGAUGUUCCUACUCAUGUGAACUUUCUUUUGGAGCCACCGGAUGGUAUCGUUUUAGCAGUUGAUAGUUGCGGAAGAGUGAAGUGGUCAAGACAACUAUCAAGUCCAAUAGCCAAAGUUUGGCAGGUGAUUCGUGGCAAAAUCUUUGAGAUAUCACUGUUCUCAUAUGAUACAUUAAAGGCUUUGAGCGAUUUUAGUGGGAAUGGCAAGGAGUUCAUUUCCAAGUAUGAAGUACCGUUUUAUUUCGGAACUGUAAAUUCAGAACCUUAUAUCAUACCAUCAGAAUUCAUGCGGGAAGAAUUACGUCAUAUGGUAAGGGCGGAGCAAAAACGUUACGAACCUAAAACAUUUUCGUCGCAUAAUGCUAGAUUUUCUUUCUUUGAAGACUUGCAAGUUGGUGAUUUAAUUCGUCGAUCGUAUAGAACGUCAAGUAUCGUGGAAAUGGAUUUAAGGAACGAUGCAUCUCAUUCAUCCGCUUCAAAGUCGCGAAGUUGUAAUAUGUACGACGCAGUUACUCUUGUAGGCAGUAAAGGACUUCAAGAAAUUGAAAAGUACGAUGCUGCAAAAGGUGAUCUAGGUUGGUACAUAUUCAAAACAGCUCGAAAGUUCUGCCAAAAAAGUGCUCCCUUUCAUGAAUCAGAUCAAAAAGAGACUGUAUGCAAUCUUCGCAGUCAUCUCUGCAGACGAAAGAAUGUUUUGGACGGAUUGAAACAAAUUGCUCAUGAGCCUGUCUCUGGAUGGUGGAAAAUAAUUGCACUUUUCUUGACUUUGAUUGCCACCUUAUUAGUGACUGUUAUAUUGCAUUCACGUGAGAUUCGAUAUCAAGCACUAUUUUUUUUAUUCAAAAUUAUUCGGAAGCAAUCUAGUGAAUUUCUUUCGGUAAAAAAAGCAGAUUCGCCUAGAAAUUCUGUCGUUGAGUUGACAGAUAAUCAGAAAAAAGUUCCUGUAGUUUCUCAGUCUGUUCAAAACAUGUAUUCAUCAAAGUUUCUCGAAGAUUUUUCGCCUGAAAAAUGGCUUGGACGAGGGGGAUACGGUGUUGUUUUCAGUUGUCGUAAUCGAUUGGAUGAUCGAAAUUAUGCCGUAAAGCGUAUCGCAGUCAGUAACACGAGUUCAGCAAUCGAACAUGUUAAGCGAGAAGCUCGUGCAAUGGCGCGUCUCGAGCAUCCAGGAAUAAUUCGUUAUUUCCAUACGUGGAUGGAAAAACCGCCGUCUGGUUGGCAGCAAGCAAAAGAUAAAGAAAUUUUGAAAAAUAUUCGUUCUAUUGCUGAUUCGGAAGAUGAAUCUAUGGUUUUAACGGUAGAAAGUAAUCAGGAAAUCAAUCAGGCAAGAAAUCCUACUGAGGAACUAUCAUUCAGUGAGAAAUUAUCUAAAUUACAUUUGAAAACAUUUCUUAUGGAUAAAGAUGGUGCUUCCACUGGUGAUACAAAGGACAUCUCAUGGAUGAACUCUACGAAUGGCACUGGAGUAGAAGCGUCUACAGAAUCAGAGUCCUCAACUGAUAGUGAUAGUAAUCUUCUGGUGCAUCAAAUUACUGCUGUAGCAGCUGAUAGCGACGAUUCAUCGUAUAUUGUUUUUGCUCACAGUGAGAAUUCGUCGUCCUCUCCAGUAGUCGAGAAAAGUAAAUUACAGAAGAAUGGAACGCCAAAUACACUUGAUCCUCCCGUUGUUCUAGUUGCAAGAUGUUUUAAGCUUUGUCAAGAAUUGACGCUCCACAGUUGGCUUCUAAACAAUAAAAAGGAUCGGGAAAUAAAUCAAAUGCGUAGAUGGUUAGCAGAAUUAGUUUGUGCCAUUGAUUAUAUUCACAGUCAGGGACUCAUUCAUAGAGAUCUUAAGCCUCAAAAUAUCUUCUUUUCUGCUGAUAACUGUUUGAAAAUUGGCGAUCUCGGUCUUGCAACAAAUUAUAUCAGUGCAAAACAGACUACUGAUUGCGAAGAAAACGAUAUAGCAAACAUUCCUCAUACUAGUAAUGUCGGUACUCGCUUAUACAUGAGUCCUGAACAGCUAAUGGCUAAACCUUACAAUGAAAAAGUUGAUGUUUUCUCGCUUGGACUUAUUUUUGUUGAACUCAUUAUACCGUUUGAAACGGUUAUGGAACGUAAUCACAUUUUGUCAAACUUGCAAAGCGGUACCAUGCCGAAGUGUUUAGAUGAAUGCCGACCUGAAGAGAAAAAAUUCAUCUCAUGGUUGACGGCUGUUAAUCCUGAACUUCGUCCAUCUGCUCGUGAGUUAGUAGAAUGUGAUUACUUGCGUAAUCAAGUGCAGAUGUUAGGUGUUUCAUACUUUCGUGAGAUAGUUCCUACAAGCUAUGGUUAA